CUCCUAUGGAUGUCACACACUACCUAUACAACACAUUCGACUUUGUUGUUCCCGACCCGGGGCGAAGGAAGCUAAUCAUCGUGUACAGGCCGUCGAGAUUGCUGCUAAAUCUCAGAGUGAGAACGUCGCAGAUCGCUACGCUGGGAAGAACGCCGUGGACGGCAUGGUCAAAGAUGGCACCAUCAUCAAAGACGUCGAUACCCUCGAUUUAUACGAGUUUGCAUGCUCUCGUAUCGAUAUUAAUUACUCGGAAACCAUCGGCGUACUGCGUUUGAGACUGGUAAAGGCUCUCCCCAAGGACCAGAAUUCCUGUGCGCGAUGCUUCGACGCUUGCGUGUGGAACUACGAUUGGAAGAGCGCACAGCAGAUCGCCGCGUCGUUACAUAAGAACUCCAAAGAUGUAAAGUUCUUAUUCCAGUAUAUCUUAACAACUCACGUAUAUUCCUUGUCGAGUGAGUGCCCCGACGAUAAGAGGGGCCUGUUCGGAAACCUAGCCAAAGCCUUGGCCGACAAGGCCUUUGAUCUCCGCGCCAAGACUUCAAGUGAGGAUCACCAUCUCGAACACGCCAGUAUUACCGAACCAGAGGCCUUGCUCUGGGUGAAUGUCCGGACUUCCCAUUGCAAACUGGAAGAGAAUCUAAGCCUGUUUAGACAGCACAAAUAUGGGCCUCUGACAUUCCUGGAAAAUGGCCUAGAUCAGCCAUUCUCGGAGCUUAUGCUUUACCUAAAGAGUCACGAAGCAUGGGAUGACCUUUUCAAAAUUGGAACCGAAAUCCUGGACACGGCUAUCCGUAUAAGCCAAGAAGAGGCCGACGCCAUUGAUAAGGACGAAAAUGUCAUUAACCUACGAAGGUUGACCGAACUCGAUGCUAAGCAAGGCGUGCCCGCGGUAGAAUCGCCAGCUAAGAAGAAUCUGGCCCAGGCUAUAGAGAAGGCCAGGCCUAUGCGCAAGAUGAAAGACAAUUUUUACGUCACGGCCUGUUGCAACUGGUCGUUGUUUACGGGUAUUUUCGAAGCGGCCAAACAUCUCCCCGACAGAAAACGUGCGCUAAAGCAGGUCCGACAGUUGUUCGAUAGGUUGAUCAAAGCCAUGAACAGGGCUGGGACUAUGAAACACGUUUUCCAGACAACUCGCGAUAUCGUAGCAUUAGCCACCCUAUUUGAAAGAUGCUCUCGGGAUUUAUCGGUGUCUGAAUGCUCGACUCGGGUCUGCUUUCUGAUCAAUUACAUCGUCCCGGUCUAUAAUAACCCCCUGUGCUUUGACCGAGCCAUGAUGUUCAUCAGGGACAUGAACGGCCAGGAGAUCGAGGCAUUUAUUGAACUGCUCUACGACGAAGCCGCCAAGUCUACCGACACAUUCAAGCGUUUAACACUGCUGUCUCUAAAGUUGAAGAUCGAAUACUUUGUGGCAACUUUGGCAAAGCCGACAGAUGACGAUGACCAUGGCAUCGGGCAGGAGGAUUCCGGCUCCGUCCCCUGUCUGAUGGCGAUUGCGGAUAAUGCCCUCGAUCUGUACCAAAAUGGCAUGGGAGACUCUCAUCUUCGCAGAAACAGGCUGCCCUUUGAGAGCGUGGACCCGCUUUCAGAUAUCGCGGUGGUGGGCACCAUGUGCCUCCUAAGACUCGCGGGCCUUGGCCGCAACCACCGGUCGAGGGGCAUGAGGUCUCCCCUGUUUAACACCGACCAGCAUCUUUUUUUCCAGGCCGUUCUCUGGCUCGACUCGUACGUGCUCACGUCGCCGCCCAAGUAUGAUUCACACCGAAUGCUCCUCACAAAACUCUACAUUCUGAUGGGGUGUGUAUCUCGAGCAACAGCCCUUUGGGAUGGGUUUGACGUUAAAAAUGCCAUUAACGACUCCUUGGGUUUGCUCUACACCGACCGAUUGUCUUCCAUUGCGCCAGGACUGUUCAUUCUAGGCUCGAUCCGCAAUAACCCCGUCGAGCCUAUCAUUCACCACUUCACGAGAGCGCUCAGACGAACCUUACCGAGCUCGCUUAUAGAUUGUUUAGACCAGGGAACGUAUUCCAGCGUCCAGCCGCUACUGCAACGUGCUUCCAAACAGACCUUGAGCUGCACCCUGUCUCUUGCUGUCGUGGAAGAGCGGAGAGGCUCCAGGCUGAGGUCGGGAAAGAUCGAAAGCCCUAUUGAAGAUCAUCCCCUAGUUCGAAAACUCACGAUCCAAAACCAACUGAAGGACAGCACCGACUACGAGAUACUGCCUAAACUUGAUGGGCGUAAUUCAGUGCCUAUUCGUGAGAUUGUAUCUUAUGGCCCCCUUCCAUCGAAUGCGCGUGGUCAUCUCGGACUCUUAGCGGAACGGCUCCUUGACUUUGUCUGUUACGUACAGCCAAAAGAAUAUAAACCGUCGAGAGCCGGGCAGCUAGUCCAACUUGAUUGGGAAUACGCCCUCGCUACCUCCGGCCAUCUACAUGAAAACCUCGGUAUAAUUUUAGGUAUUAAGAAGCCGGAGUCCCCAGAAGAUGAUGCGUAUCUCGAGGGACAACAAGACAGGGCCGCCAAAUCGCUUACUGGGCCCGAAGCCUCCUACUACGUGCUGUUAUGGGAACUAUCGCGCAUAGUAAACCUGGUUCUAAAACAUAUCACUUUACCCCUCACCAGCGAAAGCCGCGAGCAUAUUGGCGCUGGUGUGCGGGGGGUGGUAGAGAACUUCAACAACCAAGCUGCUAACUUUUUAACGCCCAUCUAUGAGGGUAUCGAGUCGAAGGUGCAUAUAUUCCACGGCUUCGUAGAUUUGCAUGCUAUGGGUAUGCAACGCGAAUCAAUCCUCGCCGUGAAAUAUACGGUGAACUACCUUACGCUCGCUCUCGACAAGAUCAGAAGCGCAGAUAAGACCCGCGCAUCGAACGAAGGCGGAUGGCUUUUGGCAGAGCUUAAGAAGAUGGCGGCUGCCGCAGCGGGGUCUGAGAACGCGCUGAAAAGCCGCAUCAAGAUGCUGAAAGGCUCCCUCGAAGACCUCGACGGCUGGAAGAGCCGUCUCCACGACUGGACGUUCGGGGACUACGCCGGAAUGUAUGACGAGAAUCGCGAAUGGAAGAAGACGAUGGGCCAACGCAUGAGGUCUGCCAUCUCGGAAGCAACAGUUGACGCAUGGUCCGAUGAGGUCGGCCUUUCCUGGCAAGAUCUCAUGAAGGGAUGGGCGGCCGUCAAGUUCGACUAGUUACGGCUGCGUCUUCCGCAAUAUCCCACUCCGGCUCCCGUUCGGACCACCGCCCGGCGACAUAUUUAUCUCCCUCUCUCUCUUUCCCUUCACGAGGCCGCCUUUCGCUGAUUUCCGCAACCAAGCAUACUUU